AUGAUGAAGAGCUGGUUUUACAGUCUCGCACUGCUAUGGUCUGCAGCAAGUGCCAUGAAAAUAAAUCUGGAGCAGUCAAACGAAAAUCGUCAAAUAUGCGCCGGGAUGUAUAGUAGAUCAGCCUGGGGAGGCACCGUUGACCCUUACAUUCAAGUCAAUUUUUCGAAGAAUAAUGCCACUGAUGAAACAGAUGUAAUGGCAAGCAUGAUUGUUUUCGAGUGGAAUGACUAUGACUAUAUCGGUAUUAAGCCAACGACAGAGUCUCCUAUGAAAGAAUAUCUCUGCAAUGAGCAUGCUAUCAGUUUGAAAUACUGCAAUGAGACCCAAACAGGAGAAUUCAUACUGGUCCAAAAUGCCACAAAACUCUCAAGAAAUCCAAUCUUUACACAGGCUAUGAACAUAAGCGAUCCAGGGCCUCCUAUAAAGUAUGAUAUUAAGAGGACCGGAUAUUACUGCGUAGGAAUGACGCCAUUCCAUCCCCCGACCCUAAAGUUCGCAGCAUCAGUUGAGUUUCGGAAUGCCUACGGCGAGCUUCCAGGUGCCCAAAUUGCGAAACUUUCUUUCUACGGCGGAAUAACCAUUGUGUACGUGGUUGUUGGAGCAUUCUGGGCCUUUCUCUAUGUUCAGCAUAGACAAGAUAUCUUGCCUGUACAAAACUAUAUAACAGCUAUAAUCAUAUUUCUUAUAGUCGAGAUGUUGAUGACAUGGGGAUUUUAUGACUUUAUGAAUCGCAAUGGAUCUAGCCUCGGCUCGAAAAUUUUGUUAAUAAUUGUUGCCAUAUUAAACGCUGGUCGAAAUUCUUUUUCUUUUUUCCUACUCCUGAUUGUCUGUAUGGGCUACGGUGUAGUCAAGGACAGUUUAGGAAAGACAAUGAUUUAUGUUCGUUGGCUAGCAGGUGUUCAUUUCCUAUUUAGUUUGAUUUACGCUAUAAUAAGCUUGACCCUUGCUCCCGAAAGCGUUGGUCCUCUAGUACUUUUAGUCAUCUUACCGCUCGCCGGGUCAUUAACAACGUUCUACAUAUGGACGUUGAAUUCCUUGAACUACACCAUGAAAGACCUAACUGAGCGAAAGCAGAAUGUCAAGGCAUUAAUGUAUCGAAAACUUUGGUGGGCUAUCCUUGCAUCUAUUAUAGUCAUAUUUGGCUUCUUCUUUUUCAACUCUUUCACUUUUGCCGCAAGAGGAGAUCCAGACUUUGUACCUUUCCAUUGGAAAACACGAUGGUUUAUACUUGAUGGAUGGCUCAAUCUAGUAUACCUAGGUGAUGUCAUAUUUAUCGCAUAUCUUUGGAGGCCGACAGAGAACAACAAGAGGUUCGCCAUGAGCGAUGAAUUGGCUCAAGACGAUGAAGGCUUUGAAAUAGCUGAUUUUGGAGCCGAUGACGACGGCGAUGAUUUCGAUGAUUCAUCAAUUCAUAAAGGGUCCCAGCAUCAAACUAGACAGGAAGGUCCGAGAUACGAUCCAGCUCCCAGCUCUCGAACAAGAAAGCCUGUAAAAGAUAUCGUGCGAGAAAGUAUGGAAGGAGAGACCAUUUUUGCUGUUGGGGACGAUGUUGAUCGAUGGUCUGAUGAAGAGAGCCUUGAAGAGCAAGUGAAAUUGGUCGGCAAGCCUCCCAAGACUUCAUAA